CCACCCCCCACCACUCCUCCUCCUCCUCUCUCAUCUCCGCCUUCUGUUUGUGUCCAGCGAAGGCGAACUUCGCUUUCGAUCCCAGGGACUGGCUGGGUAAACCCCCCCUUCCCUACACCAUCACGACGAGUCUUCUUCUGCCUUCUUGUUGAUGUCUAGGUCACCACGAAGUUGUCAACUGAAGCCAUCGUCCCGACGCAGGCAGCAACGGAACGAAGAGGAAGGCGAAGUUCGUCAUCCCCGACCAGUGGGGGGAAGAGAGGGGGGUGACGAUGGCUCCAGGCUGCUCGAAGGAUGUGAUCGGGGUGCGUCUGGUCACCUCUCUGGUCCACCUGAUGAUGGUCGUGCAAUCGACGAGCGCCUUCAAUCUGGAUGCUACUCGAGCCAAUGUGCUCUCGGGUCCAGCUGACAGCUACUUUGGCUAUGCGGUGGACUUUUACCUGCCCGCUUCUGACAGCGUGAGUGUCGUCAUCGGAGCUCCCAGAGCGAACACCACCCAGCCCGGAGUGGUAGAAGGUGGUGCAGUCUACAACUGCCCGUGGGCAGGAGAUGCUGAUUGCACGACAGUCAAAUUCGACACCAAAGGGGACCGCAUGAUCACGCUGCCCACGGAAGCGAGAGAAAAGUUGGAGUACAAGUCCAAACAGUGGUUUGGGGCCAGCCUACGAACCCAUGGCUCCAAAGUUCUGGCCUGUGCUCCACUCUACCAUUGGAGAACCAUGAAGACCAACAGGGAGAAGGACCCUGUAGGGACCUGCUACUUAUCCUCGGACAACUUCAACAAAUUUUCCGAGUACUCUCCCUGCCGCACAAGUUUUGGAGACCCUCAGGGACAAGGAUUCUGCCAAGGGGGAUUCAGUGUGGACUUCACUAAGUCUGGUCGGGUGGUGCUCGGAGGUCCUGGGAGCUUUUACUGGCAAGGGCAGCUGAUCACCGCCCCCUCGGAGGCAGUGAUGAAGGACCCUACCUCAGAAAGUAUGGUGCGGAGCAUUGAAGGACAGAAGCAAACCGGUUCUGCCCCUCCCAGCUACGAUGACAGCUACCUCGGCUAUUCUGUGACCGUGGGAGAAUUUACCGGUGACAAUCAGCAAGAUUUUGUGACUGGUGUACCGAAAGGCUUUCGGACACUUGGAUACGUUGGAAUUUUAGACGGUGAAAACAUGACCUCCCUGCAUAACUUUUCUGGCGAACAGAUGGCUUCCUACUUCGGAUUCAGCGUUGCGGUCACAGACGUCAAUGGAGACAAGCUGGAAGACGUGCUGGUGGGAGCGCCGCUCUUCAUGGACCGCGGAUCGGACGGGAAGCUGCGUGAGGUCGGCCGUGUCUACCUCUUCCUGCAGGAGCGAACACUGUCCUUCCGCGAGCCGCAGCGCUUCACGGGCGAAGAGAUGUACUCGCGUUUUGGCAGCGCACUCGCCCCGCUGGGCGACGUCGACCAGGACGGGUUCAAUGAUGUGGCGGUCGGGAUCCCUUUUGGCGGAGAGAACCGGCAGGGUCUCGUGUACAUCUACAACGGCGACAAGGAUGGGCUGAAGCCAGUUCCUUCGCAGGUGCUGGAGAGCCGGUGGCCAGGGACUAGCAUGCCCUCCAGCUUCGGUUACGCCUUGCGCGGCACAGUCGAUGUGGACAAAAACGGAUACCCAGAUCUUGUUGUGGGUGCUUUUGGCGCUUCCAAGGCUAUAGUGUACAGGGCACGUCCGGUGGUAACAGUGGAAGCAGAACUUCAGCUCGAACCACAGAUCAUUAAUUUGGAAAGCAAGGACUGCAAACAGGCUGGGAGCACAUCUUCCUUCGCAUGCUUCACGGUGAAUUACUGCGUGCAAGUCGUAGGCAAAGGCGCUCUAUCCUCCACGGAGCUUAACCUGGAGCUGCAGUUGGACCGGCUGAAGCAAAAGGGCACCAUCAAGAGGGCUCUCUUCGCCUUGACGCAGCAGUCACGAUAUGAGCAGCGCAUCACCAUCAACAAAGGAGCAGGCCCCACUUGCAACAAGCUCACCGUGCACCUUCGUGACGAGACGGAGUUCCGGGACAAGCUGACGCCUAUCGCCGUGAGCCUCAACUACACGCUCAUGGAGGAGGCGACUUCAGCCUCUCAGGGGCUGCGGCCAAUCCGCAACCACUUCAGCCCCGACCACAUCCAGAAGCAGGCUCAUAUACUUCUGGACUGUGGGUCAGACAACAUUUGCGUGCCAUCUCUCAAGCUCUCGGCUCUGUCAGACCGGAAGCAGCUGUACAUCGGCGACGAGAACUCCCUGGUGCUCACGGUGAACUCUCGCAACGACGGGGAGGGCGCCUACGAGGCGGAGCUCCACGUGGUCCUGCCACCCGAGGCCGAUUACGUCGGCGUCGUCCGGAAUAACGAGUCUCUUGCCAAGCUCACGUGUGCGUACAAGACAGAAAACCUGACCCGCAGUGUGGUGUGUGAUCUGGGAAACCCAAUGAGAGGAGGCACCAACCUGCUGGUUGGACUGAGAUUCAGCGUUCAGCGACUGGAGGAGGCUGUCUCGCCCAUUCAAUUCAGCCUCCAUAUCAAGAGCUCCAAUGAAAAGAGCCCAGAGAGCAAUACGGAGACGGUCGUGCUGCCGGUAGGAGUGUUCGCACAAGUGAAUCUAGUUGGGGUGUCCAUUCCCGAUCAGAUUGUGCUCCCCAUUAUAAACUGGGAGCCAGUUGAGAACCCUGUGAAGGAAGAGGAUAUUGGACCAUUGGUGCAGCAUGUUUAUGAGCUCCGUAACAUUGGGCCCAGUCGCGUGGGCUCUGCAGAGAUGGAUCUCAGCUGGCCGCUGCGAUCCGACGACGACUACAUCCUCUAUGUCCUGGCGCUGAACACGGAGGGUCCCAUUAAGUGUGUUCCCGACUCAUCGAACAAGAUCAAUCCUCUUAACCUCAAGCUGAGUAACUCGCACGAUACGCCAGGCGCGAAUGAAACGGGCAACCAACAGAAGGAGAACCCCCGCGAUAUCCAUCGCCGGGAGCUUCAAAGUGGCGAAGCGGACUCAAAAUCCCCCAGGACUCUGAACUGCAGCACGGCUGAGUGCUUGCACAUACGAUGCACGGUGCAGACGUUGGAGAGCGGCCACAAUGCCGUGCUACAGAUCAAGUCACGCCUCUGGGCCAAAGCCUUCAUGGAGAAGGAGAGCCAGCAGCACACCAUCGAAUCGGCGGCACACUUCUCCGUCAAUGACAUGCCCUACAAGAUCCGUCCCGAGAAGCUCCCCAGUGGGGCCUUUCAGGUCUCCACCAUUGUCGCGUGGGCCAACCAGGACGGCAACCAGCCCGUGCCCGUAUGGGUCAUCAUCGUGGCUGUGCUGGCAGGGUUGCUCCUCCUCUCCCUCCUCGUCUUCGCCAUGUGGAAGAUGGGAUUCUUCAAGCGUGUGCGGCCACCACAAGAGGAUAAUGGAGAGGAGCAACAGCUGCACACGGAAGAGAAUGGCGGUGACCAUGCUGACGCAUAGCGCCCUUACUGGAGAAGAUUGCCUAAACCUGGCCAUUAGUGCUACAACUCAGCACCAAUGCCUUGUGUUCCUCCUGGACCACCUCCUCCACCCACUAAUUCUCCCCCCCUCUCCCCCUUUCCUUUACGUGCGACAGUAGUUAUACAUACAAUGCAUUUGCCAACACUGGACUCUAUUGGACUCUACGGAACCUCGUGGUGCAUCGCUGUUACUGGUGAAAUUGCAAUUUUGGAACGUAUUGUGUCACGGAGCUCUCUUGUGAAAAUUAGGGAAUAACGUGGCUCGUUGGAAGUCAUGGUGGAGACAGGGCAAACGCGUCAUGAACUACCCGGAGUUGUUAUAACAUUGACGGCUGUAGAAUACCGAAAUGUGGUGUUGUACCCCUCAAGACGUGCCCUGUUUUCUUGGCUGGCCUCAGAAGAGCAGCCGUUGCUUGUCUAGAUGAUGAUUAUAUAAAUAGCGACAGUACUUUUAUUACUCAUCUGGAUCAAGUUGCAUUCUGGUUAUCUUUACCCCUCUGCUGUCUUUGCGUGGUUUAAAAUAAUCGCAAGAGUUGUUACGAUUGGAUGAGACGAGUUUUUAAUACACGCUAGCAAAUAACGAUGUUUACUAACUCGCCACCCUUAAUGUUGAUCACCAGUGCGCUUUUUUGCCUUCAGCUGUUUUCGACAGUAGUUUGUAUGAGCCAUCACGGAUGCUGGUAUUUAACCGGGUUGAAUCGUCUUUGGUGUGGGAUUUUCUUUCUGCCUGAGACGGGUUAAACCCCUGGCUUCACACUUGGGGACAAUUCAGAGUUGUCUUUCCUGUGAAUUGUUGACAUUCUUGUUAUUUGGAGCGUGAGCAUGGCCAUGCUAUUUUCUUAUAUCACGUCGAGACGAUUAACCCAACACAUUUUUAGGUUAGUCGGGUUCAAUUUCUCCAAAGUAAUUGUGUGCUAAUUGUCAAAAGUUUGCCAUGUUUUCAUGAAGUCCGUUUGAAUAACAUAACAUCAUGAAUCAAGUCUGAUAAACCUGUUACAGCUUAGAAAUGUACGUAGGGAUUAGAGUUGUCUGUGCAGUCAAGGGUUUAUUAUUUUAAUCUAUCUUGAUUUGAAGCUUUCGUGACUGCAGGAAUCCAUACUCUUUGGUUCGAGCUAAUCAAAUAGCAGGUUUAUUGUAAGUAAAGUUCCUUGUGGACCCGGUGAACUGCUAUCCUUGGUCUUGUACUAAGUUGGGAUAGCACCUGCUUCAGUAAAUGUGCACUUCUUACCAUUUAGCUUUUAAUCAUGGUUAAUAACCGCUUCUUAAAAUACACGUAAACACUCUUUAAACAAUACUUUUCAAACAUGUUUUAAGUCAUUAGAGAAUGUGCACAUUAACCAGAAUUAAUAUCUAUGAAGAUGUUGUUUCUUCAAAGUUCAAAAUAUUUUGUUUAGAUGUUUAUGCCGAAUUAUUGUUUUUUCUUUAACUGCUGUCGCUGGCAAUUAAUUUGCUCAUAACAUUCCUAAAAGCCUACUGAAUGCGGCGUCAUUUACUACACUCGUGUCAGGAGAUGUUGUAGCUUUGGCUCAUCGAAGCAAUGAUAGAUUUGGCAAUGAAUUUUUUUUACAUUUCUCCGUAAUUAUAUUUCAAACCUGCACUCCUGCUCUAUGUUCUGCACUGAAGACUGGUGCCAGCACAUGUAUCAUUUGUUCAUCCCAAGAAGAGAGUGAUGUUUGGACAAGUCUCCAACCCCUGUAUAUAAAUUAAGUGAUGAAAUCUGUGAACAGGGAUCAGUUCUAAGGGGUGAUGCCGGUUUGUGUUGGUCUAAUGCGAUUUGGAGCUUUGCUUAUUUCUCAUGGUGCUUGGGAUAAUGUUUCCACAAUUAUACUGUAUAGAUAGCAUGCUGUCAAACAUAUUUCAAGCAUUUGCAGUUAACUUGUGUGCAAUAUUUUUAGAUGCUGUUUAACAAUAUGCAGGAGAUGCAAUAGAAUGUCUUUGGGGGCUUGGUUGAAUUGCAAGGCAUUUUGUUUACCAGUGGGGACGAUUUUUUACUUACCCAUAUUUGUUUUGGACAAGCGGUAGGUAGCUGAGCAUGAUCUUUUCGUGGCCGUGCUGUAUAGAUGUCCAAUGCGUGUUUUUUGUGUUAUACUGCAUUUUUUUUGGCAUGAUCUCUGAUGUUUGGCUGCACGUCCUGGGAGCUUCUUCAGGAACUUCCAUCAGUUCCAGAAGAACUUAAGGCAUGCCUAACAAAAUGUGGCACAACUCAAUAACACGUCAGAGAGCUAAAGCUGUAUUAUUGUUGACAGGCUCUGUAGGAUCGGCCAUAAAACUGUCAAAAAUUUCUUAUGGCAAGGCCAAAAUUUGUGAAAGUUUUUAAGCAAAUUUUUUUUCUUCCACAUUUGAUUGUAAUUGCAUUACUGCCAUGUUAUUCACGACGUAUUUGUCUGCACGUAGAUAAUCACUUUAAUAUUUGGUAAAAAAUUAAAUGUCAAGUUGUAAGUUAUCAAAUGACAGAAACUUUCAGUACUUUCUGACGUUUGAUAACAAUAUGCCAUAUUACAAUGUCCCUCUUGGGUAAUAUCUUCAGUUUAAAUUUGUAUUCCAUCGAAUGAAAAUGCAACUCACUUGUUUGCUUAUGAAGGUAAAGGUGCAUCCUAGCAGUUACUUGCCACUGCUGGCAAGGUAGUAGGUGCAGUGAUUUUCGACACAAGCACAGUCCUUAAUGCACACCUUGAGUGCCAAACAAGACACUGAACAAAAUGGUGGACAUUUUAUAAGGGCUCUCAUGAAUUUAUAAAAUGUAUAGUAUGUGGUCUAAUUAUAUAAUGGUAACAUGGUGAAAUUUGCGAGUCAUGUUGAGUACAGAGAAGUUUAGCUCCAGCGAGAUAAUAUAGUAAAAUGUAACAUUGGUGUUUAUAUUCCGUUUUCUCUCUGCCACAUAAUAGGUUCCCUUAUGGUUGUAGAAUGUUGCUGAUGAUGGGCAAGGAAUGCCUCUCUCGAGUGUCUAGAUGUGGGUAAGAAACUCGUGUAUCUGUGUAGUUCGUUAGCCCACCAAACUGUGUGUGUGGUGAGCAUGCCGCCACCAAUCUAAAUUGGUCCUGGCCAUUUGAAUCCCACUUUUGUAAUAUUUUGUUUAGCAAAGCAUUUCCUCUAGUGGUCUUAAUUAAAUUCCUUAAACAUUUCACAUUGAGGAAUGCCUAUAAGCUUAAACAAAGUACUCGUCAAAUGCUGUAGAUUUUUUUUCUAUUUUUCAGCUUGAUAAUUUAAGGUUUUUGGUCAAAGCGAUACUAAGUGGUAAAUUAAAAUUGGUAUUCUCUUUAUUAAGGCAUCAAAAUGUACUUUUAUUUUACAAGGGAAUGGUUUUAUUAAAUUUUGGUGUGUGUAAAUAUGGGGGUAAUUUUUUUUUAAAAGGCUGUACUGUAUUUUAGAUUUACUCAUUACUGUUUCUCUCUUGUAAAAUAUUUUCCAAAGAUGCACAGUGUUUUUAUAAUACACUUUUUUUUUGUAAAUAGUUGGCAAAGCGA